UAAAUGGGGGCAAGAAGAAAGAAGUCUAUCCGGGGUGGCGUGUGCCGUUGUCCCCACCCCCUCCCUUUCCUCCUGAGGCUUCUUCCCUCCGGUCCAUCCCUGGAGUGCAGGCAGGGGACGGUGUGGACCGACGCGCGGCGUCGGCUGGAGCAGCGCCGUAGGGUCCUUCGCCCACAGCAUCCGGUCCGAGGGUACACACAGGCAGAAGGCUCGCAGCUCGUCCACUCUCCUCUCUCUCUCCUCCUCUCCCUAGCUUUUGUGUUGGUGCCUCCGAGCUGCAAGAAGGGUGUGCUGAAGGAGGAGGAGGGGGGCCGGGGUGAGAGGCACCCCCUUCACGCGCGCGCGCACACGGUGCCGGCGCACGCUCACACGGGCGGACACACACGCGCGCACACACACGCACAGAGCUCGCUCGCCUCGAGCGCACGAACGUGGACGUUCUCUUUGUGUGGAGCCCUCGAGGGGGUUUGGGGCCCCGGUCCGGUCCGGGGGAGAUGGCGCAGCCCAUCCUGGGCCAUGGGAGCCUGCAGCCCACCUCAGCCUCCGGCCUGGCAUCCCUGGAGCUCGACUCGUCGCUGGACCAGUACGUGCAGAUUCGCAUCUUCAAAAUCAUCGUGAUUGGGGACUCCAACGUGGGCAAGACCUGCCUGACCUUCCGCUUCUGCGGGGGUACCUUCCCAGACAAGACUGAAGCCACCAUCGGCGUGGACUUCAGGGAGAAGACAGUGGAAAUCGAGGGCGAGAAGAUCAAGGUUCAGGUGUGGGACACAGCAGGUCAGGAACGUUUCCGCAAAAGCAUGGUCGAGCAUUACUACCGCAAUGUACAUGCCGUAGUCUUCGUCUAUGACGUCACCAAGAUGACAUCAUUCACCAACCUCAAAAUGUGGAUCCAAGAAUGCAAUGGGCAUGCGGUGCCCCCACUAGUCCCCAAAGUGCUUGUGGGCAACAAGUGUGACUUGAGGGAACAGAUCCAGGUGCCCUCCAACUUAGCCCUGAAAUUCGCUGAUGCCCACAACAUGCUCUUGUUUGAGACUUCGGCCAAGGACCCCAAAGAGAGCCAGAAUGUGGAGUCAAUUUUCAUGUGCCUGGCUUGCCGAUUGAAGGCCCAGAAAUCCCUGCUGUAUCGUGAUGCUGAGAGGCAGCAGGGGAAGGUGCAGAAACUGGAGUUCCCACAGGAAGCUAACAGUAAAGCUUCCUGUCCUUGCUGAAACCAAAUGGUGUAAAUACAAGAUAAAUUAUCACUGGAGUUUUUUCUUCCCUUUUUUCUGUGCCUGCAUAAUGCUGACACCUGCUUGUUUCCAUACAAAUUGAUAUCAAAAUAAAAUUUGUAUCGAUUAUC